AUGGCCAUUAUAACCAUUGAUAGCGAUGAUGCAUUCAACGCCAAGAUGAGCAGUGCAGGCGAUGUGGUUCUCGUUAUUUUCUUCACCGCUGUAUGGGCUGGACCAAGUAGACUAAUGAAACCACAUGUUGAAAAGAUGUCCGAACAAUACCCAGACAUCACCUUCCUGGAAAUCGAUACUGAUGCCUGUCCAACCGGAAGAUCGUUCUCAAGUUGUGCAAAAUGGGCAGCGAGAUUCUCGCGAGAAAGUAUUCGAGACAGAUUGCGUCAGCAGGAGCUUCGUGAACUCGCCAAAAAUAUCGGGCAGCAAGCACCACGACUAAGUGAUGCGAUUCCAGUAAGGCCAGUUUCACACUUAGCAAAGGCUUUGAAAUUCACAGUUUUUACCGGAGUUUCGUCGUUCACAGUCGCUAUUGUAGCCGAAAUAUUGUCAAGGAAAAAUCAGGAAAAUUCGCUCUACACAAAAGUAAUUUCUAAAAGUCAUUGGACAUUAACGAAGGGAGAGAAACAAGUCGCUUUUCUAGUCGGUUUAAAUGUAUUGGUAUUUUUGUUGUGGCGGGUAAAGAAGCUCACGCCUCUAAUGCAGCAAUACUUCACAAACAGUUUUGCGUCAAAAUCAUUAUGUGCUCCGAUGAUUCUCAGCACAUUUUCCCAUCAUUCUUUCAUUCAUCUAGCAUUGAAUAUGUACGUGACGACAACCUUCGCCAGUGUUCUAAUCGACAAAUUUCUUGAUGUCCAGCAAUUUUGGGCAUUCUAUUUCACCGCCGCGUCUAUUUCAUCCCUCUUAAGUUUGACCGAGAAGGCAUUGACGAGGAGUCCUGUUCGAGCUCUUGGAGCUAGUGGGGCGAUUCUAGCGAUGCUGACUUACACAUGCAUGAUGAUCCCGGAGGGAAGAGUUUCUAUCAUUUUUGUGCCGAACUUUGAUUUCACUGCACAAAAUGCUGUAUAUGGAAUUAUUGCAUUUGAUCUAUUGGGACUUUUAUUCAGAUUCCGGAUGUUCGACCAUGCGGCGCAUUUGGGCGGCUCGCUGUUCGGCGUCUUCUAUGCACUGUACGGCCAACAUUGGAUCUGGACGCAGUACGGUGAAAUAAUUGAGCAAUUCAUGAGAAAACAAUGA